AGUGUUUCUUCCUUUUAUUUCCUUGGUGUACCUUUUACGCAGUGAGAAAAUAAUGUAGAAAAUGUGAUUCAACAUGGUAGUGUGAGAAGAACACAGAGGGCACAAAAUUUAAUGGUGAGGCAUGUGUGUGAAGGAAAUUCCUCAGAACAUCACAUUCACUGACAUUGUGAAAACAAUCUUGAAAAUGUACGAGAGUAUUUGAAAAAAGCAAUAAGAGCAUAUGCAGAAAGCAGACGAAUGAAAUGGCCGAGAAUACAAUUCAUGUGGUGAUGCUGCCAUGGUCUGCCUUUGGCCACUUGAUCCCAUUUUUCCAACUUUCCAUAGCCUUAGCCAAAGCUGGUGUUCAUGUCUCCUUCAUAUCAACGCCCAAAAACAUUGAGAGGCUUCCUAAACUUCCUUCAACUUUAACUCAUUUGAUUGAUCUGGUGCAACUUCCUUUGCCAUCAUUGGAUAAAGAGCUCUUGCCAGAAGGUGCUGAGGCCACAGUGGACGUUCCAUUUGAAAAAAUUCAGUACUUAAAGUUGGCAUAUGAUAAGCUUCAACAUGCUGUGAAGCAAUUUGUGGCCAAUCAGUUACCAGAUUGGAUAAUUUGUGACUUUUGUCCGCACUGGAUCACAGACAUUGCUCAAGAGCUUCAGGUGAAGUUAAUCUUCUUUUCCGCUUUCUCGGCUUUUACAAUAGCAUGCUUGGGACCACCAGGCACAAGAAAAGCUCCCAUUUCUCGACAUGAGGCAAGUGGUUUUUGUGCUAAUCACUACGAGGAAAAGGAAAAUGCUUCAGGGAUAGGGGACUUGGAAAGACUUGAAAAGGUAUUCAGUGCCUCCAAAGCUAUAAUAUUUCGUAGUUGCUAUGAGAUUGAAGGAGAAUAUUUGAAUGCAUUUCAGAAACUAGUUGGGAAGCCUGUGAUUCCCAUAGGUUUGUUACCUGUAGAGAGAGGAAAUGUUGAAGGGGUUAGGGGUGAGACUUUUGAGUGGCUUGAUAAACAAGCAAGCAGAUCAGUUUUAUUUGUAGGGUUUGGCAGUGAGUGCAAGCUGAGCAAGGAUCAAGUUUUUGAGAUAGCUCAUGGAGUUGAGGAUUCUGGAUUGCCAUUUUUAUGGGCACUCAGAAAACCAAGUUGGGCAAGCAAUGAUGAAGAUUCUUUACCUUUAGGUUUCAUUGAAAGGACAUGUGAGAGAGGAAUUGUUUGCAUGGGAUGGAUACCACAACAGCAAGUAUUGGCUCAUCCAUGCAUUGGGGGGUCUUUGUUUCACUCUGGCUGGGGUUCUGCCAUUGAAAGCUUGCAGUUUGGUCAUGCCCUAGUUGUGUUACCCUUCAUUGCAGAUCAACCUCUUAAUGCAAGGUUUUUGGUUGAAAAGGGUCUAGCCAUUGAAGUUAAACGAAGUGCAGAUGGUUCAUUCACCAGAAAUGACAUUGCCACAUCUAUUAAACAAGCUAUGGUAUUGGAGGAGGGGAAGAAUAUCAGAGUUAAUACCGGAGAAGCUGCUACAAUUGUAGGAAACGUGAAGCUGCACCAAGAUCAUUACAUUGCUGAAUUUGUUCAGUUUCUUAAGAAAUGAAUCCAGAAACAAAAUACAGAGCUGAACAGAAUCAUUAAGGCUUCUUGAGUUUAGGGUUUGACAGUUUGUUAACUACACAAUCCUAUCUUCUAAGGCUAUUUAUAAAAGCAAAAAAUAUGUAUUCUGAAUUCAACAAGCACUUUGUAGUUUUUAUGUAUUCCAAAAGUCAGAUUCCACAUGGCAUAGCUCACUCGUUUUCAGAUGGUUUAUAUAUCACUACUUCCUUAUAUCCUCAAAAUGAAUAAUAGAAGUUGUGUCUUAUGUCC